AGAUGAUGAGUGCUUUGGUUGCGAUUGUCGUCAGGACUAGCGAACAAGCCUCGGGCAAAAACAUCCGGCAAAAAAACCAUCUCAGCCUUGUCCGCCUUGUCCUGACAACCUCCACCGAAGAAGAGGGAGGGAAUCAUGCUUCCGACGCCUUCAACCUCACACGUGCCCUAUGAACGAGUGUACGAGCCAGCAGAAGAUUCUUUUCUGUUCCUCGAUACUCUAUCUUCAGAAUCCGAAAAGACGUUUCUUCAAAACUGUUUCAGACAACCCCCAGAAGGACCAACAUCCAAGGAUUCUCCUUCUCCAUUCGUUGUCGAAGUAGGGACCGGAUCUGGUGUCGUGCUCUCAUUUCUCCAUGCACACGCAGAAAACAUCCUCGGAAGACGAGAUAUCCUUACCGCCGGAGUGGAUGUGAAUCGAUUUGCAUGCAAGGCUACGGCGGAGACGGUCGGGGUUGGAGAGUUAGAGCAAGACGCGCAAGCAUUGUCACAUGGAUUUUAUUUGGGUAAUAUCCUUGGAGACCUUACAGGAUUUAUUAAACCAGGGCAAGUCGACCUCCUUAUCUUCAAUCCUCCAUACGUUCCAACGUCAGAGCUUCCACCCUUGCCGGAUGAAGAAGCAAAGACUGCAACAACGUACGAGGAUGAUUCCCGCCUGCUCUCUUUGUCGUAUGCAGGGGGUAUUGAUGGGAUGGAGACGACGAACCGUUUACUCCAAAGCUUACCAGAGGUUCUGAGUUGCUCUCGCGGCUGUGCGUACAUCCUUCUCUGUGCCCAGAAUCAACCAGAGAAGGUCAAGGAUCAGAUCAAGAGCUGGGGUAGUGCAUGGGCGGUGGAAACGGCGGGUACCACUGGGAAGAAAGGUGGAUGGGAGAACCUUCAAAUACUGAGGAUCUGGCGCGCACAAUAAGGAAGGAGAAAUAUGGCAAUCCAUAUCUGACGCAAGGGACGACUUCCACUGUUUUUAUUGUCCAUAAACGCCAGAAACCCACAAAUUUUGCAUGAGUGCUCCGCUAGAUGCCAGACCUCCAGCCCUCUGCUGGAUAGAGCUGCACAAAGAUAGCACAAGCCAUUGUUCUCAAGUCAAGCGCGUUUCCCUCUGGGAUCAGAAGCCUCGUCCACCACCCCUUCCACGCCCACCCCUAAAUCCCCCACGUCCUCUUGGUCCUCCCCGACCUCUUCCGCCUCUGGCUCCGCCCCG